AUGCAGCCAAGCGCCAGGCCCGGCGCCGGCGGCCCGCAGCCGGAGCCCCCCAAAGCCGCCGCGGCUCCGCGGGAGCAGCGUGGCCAAGGCCAGCCAAAACCUGCCGCUCCUCAGGAAGCGGGGAGGUCUUCCCCUCAGCAUCAACAAGCAAAGCCUUCCUCCUCUGAGCAGAGAAAGACUGUGGGAGACUCCCCAGCAAAGGCCGCGGCUCCAACCCCCGGCGCACAAGAACAAGCCCAGGAGGGUCUCACGGGGAAGCUCUUUGGCUUCGGGGCUUCCCUCUUGACCCAGGCAAGCACACUUAUGUCUGUCCAGCCAGAGGCGCCCCCUCCGAGUCCGCAGUCUUCUGGCAAAGUGCCUCCAAAAAUCGUCUUCAGCGACGCCAGCAAAGAAGCUGGUCUCAAAGCCCCGGGUGCUUCGCCCGGGGCGCCGGGUAGGGCUGGGACUGCGCCAGCUCCAAAGCAAGGGAAAGCGGAGCAAGUCAAGCCAAAGGAAGUGCCGAAAGCAAGGGUCCUGUGCCCGCUCUGCAAAGCGGAGCUCAACGUGGGCUCCGGCGAGCCCCCCAACUACAACAGCUGCACGACCUGCAGGCAGCAGGUCUGCAACAUGUGCGGCUUCAACCCGACGCCUCACCUGGUGGAGAAAAACGAGUGGCUCUGCUUGAACUGCCAAACUCAGAGGCUGCUAGAGGGGAGCCUGGGGGACCCUGCCCCAAUGCCACUGCCUGCCCCGAAGCAACCGCCGACGGGCUCCCCGCGCCACCAACCGCCAGGAAGCGGCCAGCAGCAGAGAGCCGCGGAGCCGGCCGCCCCCUCCGACAGGUACCCGUCGCCCGCCAGGAAUCUCAGGACUCCGGAGCAGAGCAGGACCCCGGGGGCUGCCCCGGAGAAGAAGCCGCCGGCUCCCGCAGAGGACAAGGCGCUGCCCAAGCUUCCCGCCGAGCCUCCCAAAGGCGCGGAGAGCGCGACGCCAAAGGGGAAGAGCGCAGCCGCGAAAGCCGAGGCGGAGAGCAAGGAGAGCCGGGCGCCCGGCGAGGCGCCCAGGGCCAAGGAGCAGGAGGAAGCAAGCAAGCCUUAUCCCCCCGACCUGUCCCGCAGCCCGCAGAGCCUGAGCGACACCGGCUACUCGUCCGACGGCAUCUCCAGCUCGCAGAGCGAGAUCACGGGCCUGGUGCAGCAGGAGGAGGAGAAGCUGAGCAGCACCGGCCUGGCGGGGCAGAGCCCGCCCAGCCCCUCGGAGCUCACCAAGCUGGAGAGCAGCAUGCGGCCCCUCCUGGAGGCCAAGGGCGCCUCCGCGGAGCCCGGCGAGCGCGGCAAGGGCUACGCGGAGCUGCGGGACGAGCAACGGCAGCGGCAGAGGCCGCGGUACCUCUCCAUCACCCCGGAAGCCUUUGAUUCCGACGAGGAACUGGAAGACAUCCUGGAAGAGGACGAAGACUCCGUGGAGUGGGAGAACCAGCGGGAGCAGCGGGAGAGCGUGGAGUCGUCGGAUGAGUUUGGCAGCAAGCUGCGCCACGACUACGUGGAGGACAGCAGCGAAGGGGGCUUCUCCCCGGUGCCGGGCAGGCCCACAGGCCGGGAGGCCGAGGUGACGGACGAGGAGUUCAUGAGGCGGCAGAUCAUGGAGAUGAGCGCCGAGGAGGACAACCUUGAGGAGGAAGAGGAGGACUACAAUCAUGUCAAAUACAGCGUCCCCAAAACCGGGCCGAAGCCUGAGCCCGAGAAGAGCAAGGAGCCACCCCCGGCCAAGCGGCGCCUGCCGCACAGCUCCGGCAGCCUCUACAAGGAGGAGAGGAAAGAGCUGGACGCGGUGGAAGGCGACGACGUGAGCACGGCCCAGGGCGGGCUGCGGCGCUUCAAGACGAUCGAGCUGAACAGCACCAACGGCUACAGCAGGGACAUGGAGAUGAGCCAGGACGCAGACGCCAGCCUGGACAGGGAGCCCGAGCUGGAGAUGGAGAGCCUGACGGGCUCCCCGGAAGAGAGCUCCAGGGGCGAGUACUCGACCUCCACGCUGCCAGCCACGACGCCCAGCUACACGUCGGGCACCUCUCCCACCUCCAUCUCCUCCCUGGAGGAGGACAGCGACAGCAGCCCCAGCCGGAGGCAGCGGCUGGAGGAGGUGAAGCAGCAGAGGAAGGCUCGCCACCGCUCGCACGGCCCGCUGCUGCCCACCAUCGAGGACUCCUCUGAGGAGGAGGAGCUGCGCGAGGAAGAGGAGCUCCUGCGGGAGCAGGAGAAGAUGCGGGAGGUGGAGCAGCAGCGCAUCCGGAGCACGGCGCGCAAAACCAAGCGCGACAAGGAGGAGCUGAGGGCCCAGCGGAGGCGAGAGCGCUCCAAGACACCGCCCAGCAACCUCUCGCCCAUCGAGGCCGCCCCCCACACCGAAGAAAAGGCGGAGGGCAGCUCCAGCCAGCCCUCCAGCAAGCCCCUCAAGAGCGCUGAGGAAGCCUACGAGGAGAUGAUGAGGAAGGCAGAAAUGAUGCAGAAGCAGCAGGUGCAGCAGGCCCAGCAGGGCGUCUCUUACAGCGGCUACCAGCAGGUCGGCUACCGCGGCACCGAGGGCCAGAGCACUUUUGAGUACCAGUACGUGAACGAGUACAGGUACGACGGCAGCGCUGGGCGCCCUGCGCAGCCUGACUACCAGGGGGGCCUCUCGAAGGCGGGCGCCGUGUACGAGGAGAUCCUGCAGACAUCGCAGAGCAUUUCCCGCAUGCACCACUCCUCCUCGUUUGACCUGGCUCUGGAGCAGCAAGAGAAGAAGAAGGGGCAGGAAGAGGCGUAUCAGGAGAAACGCUUCCUGCACGCCGAGAGCGCCUAUGCCGACCUGCUCAAGCAGAACGGGGGGCCGCUCACGCCCGGCACGAGCCCCACUCAGCUCUCGGCUCCCGUCUCCUUCUCGGCCUCCGAAGGCAGCACGGGUAAGGUCAUUCCCGACGUGCGGGUCACCCAGCACUUUGCGAAAGAGGGACAAGACCUCGGCAAGCUGCGCAGCACCGCGGCUGCGCCCGGCCCGGCUGCCAAGGCCGGCGCAGCUCCAUAUGCCUACGGCAAAGGCACCACUGCUGUCACCACGGUGGCCACCGGCGCGGUGAGCACGCCGCGAAUCUACAGCUCUGCAGCUCCAAGUGGCCCGGAGGCAACAUCUGGAUUGGCGAGAAGCUACGGCCCGACCAAGAGCUCCGUGAGUUACAGCUCUCAAACGGAGGACGUGAGCUGGGGCAAGAGCACUGCUGAGGUAAGCGCGCAGACGGCCAGGGAGAAGCUGCAGGGCAGAAGUGACAGCAAGGCCCUGCCGCACAAGUCCUACCCCUUCUUCAAGAGCUCCAGCCCGCCGCUGUCUCCCACUUCUCCCACCGGUCUCCCACCGGCCAGCCGUGCCCCCAGCGCCGGCAGCCAAAGCAGCCGCAUGCCGCCAUCCAGCAGCGCCGGCGUCGCCAUCGCCUCGCCGAUGAUCAUCUCGCAGCCAAAGCAGCCCGUGGUCUACGGAGACCCUUUCCAGAACAGGAUGGACGUCGGGCAAGGGGCUGGGAGCCCGGUGUGCCUGGCGCAAGUGAAGCAGGUGGAGCAGGGCGUGCAGACGGGUGCCUUCCGCGCGAGCGGGGCCCCCGCGCCUGCGCCACCCGUGAAGGCUGAGGCGGCUGCCCCUCAGCAGGCCAAGUUUGCGAGGUACAACCUGCCCAGCCAGAUGACACCUCUGCUGAAGAAGGACGUGCUCCUCACGCAGAGCAGUAAUGCGCAGAACGUGCUCGGCGUCAGCAGCAUCACCCCAGCAUUCCCACCGGAGCAGGGCUCGGAGCUGUACCGUGCCGUACCAGUGGAGCUCAAAACUCAGAGCCCUCUCAUGGCGCUGGGAGGCAAGAAAUCCCAGGUGCUGAUGGUGCAGGUGGAGGACGUGGCAGCCAGCCCGGUAACCAAGGUGGUCAAAGAGGAGCCCCCAGCCAACGUGCUGGACCUCACCGGCAUGAAGUCCGAGAGCCAAGUGGCCUGCUGCGAUGUGGUCUACAAGUUCCCCUUCGGGAGCAGCUGCACCGGAGCUUUCAACCCCUCUUCCAAGAUGCCGGAGAAGAAAGCCGGGGAUGCGGUACCCAGCAGGAAGCCCAGCGGCCCCUACUAUGGGAGCAAGGAUGCAGAGCUGCCAGAGGCGUUCCCGUACCGGGAGCAGCCGGCUCCGGCCCCUACCCUGUAUGAGGAGCAGAAGUUCUACCCCACUGGCAUGUUUGGGAGGCUCUAUUCCUCCAUGUCAGACACAAACCUGUCCGAAAUCGGGAUGAACUACUACCCCCCAAAGGCGGAUCAGCCCUUCCAUGCUCCUGCUGGCGACGCCGCUGUGGAUUUGAGCACCAUGAAGCAUUCCUACAGCAUCAGCUUCACUGAGGGUGGCUUCCUGGGCCACGGCGUGCACUGCUGA